AGAAUCAGGCUCUAUAUUUCUACGUUAGAAUAUUGGUACAUUUUUUAAUAAGGGAUUUCAGUGUAAGAGCGAUUUAUUGGGCAUUGAGUUCACUCUUGGUUCUCCAUGCUCUCAUAGUUUGGAAGGUUAACACACGCAGGCGUAUUUUUCGCGUAAUUCUGUUUGGCAUAGGGUGUACAGUCAAUCGCUAGCAAAAUUUCCUCAUGAUGGCAGUAUACUAAAUAGUUGGAAAUGCGGAAGAUUCAGAGGAUUCGACGAAGCAUGCAUGUUUCAUCGUAAUCAUUAUCUAUGCAAACGACCAGUACCCACAUAAGCCUCAGUAGUUUUUUAUUUAUGCUCUGCUGUACAACAUAUCUUCACUUCCUCCGAUUCUGUCGGAAUCACGAGUUGUUCUUAAUUAUGUGAAAUGGCGUGAUGUGAGUGAAAAAAGGGAUGAUAAUUGGUAAGAGCCUGCCCUAUGAUUCGAUUUCGAAGGGUGUGAAUAAUUUAUAAAAAAUGCAGGCUCAAUUUAGUGAAUUGAUGAAAUUGUUGGUUCGUAUGAUUCAAGUGAAAAAAGUGUUUGAUAUAUAGUGUACAAUAAUUUAAACUGAUCUAUGCGUGAUAGAUUGGAAUAUCCAACAUAAAGUAUAUAUACACGGUGGAUACCCAAAGAAAUCGUUUUGUGUUAUCAAUAUUCCAUAAAAAACUAAAAUAUCAAAGUGAGUGUUCGGCGACAUUUUCCGAGGAUUACUGCAAACAUUCUUCAUUUUAACAGCUAUUGACAACAGAUUUGAAAUGAGAUAAUGAAAAUUGAAUACACAGUCGGUAUAUGCCAAAUGAUGACUGAAAAGGAGCCCGUUCGCUGUCAGUACGACUCGUACUCGGCUUUAAUGAUAAAUUCAAAAGAUCGCCCACAGCAAAGUGAAAUGAACAGCGUACUAAAACAUGGAGUCCAAAAGUCAACAAUCACGGUUGUCACAAAAAAGACAUCCGGUUGCUGUUCAUGCCAAGGGAAAAAAUCGGCAUCCUUUUGGGUGACAUUUCUGACGAAUCUUGGCAUUUGUACACUACUUUUUGGAUACACUUUAUUAGGUUCAUUUAUUUUUCUCGCAAUUGAAGGAGGUGCUUCACAGAUGCAACAACGAAUGUUGGCUUCAACGAAUCGCCUCAAACCUAUGUCAUCGCGUAGUGAAAGUAACCUCACAUUUUCUCAACAAUUACUACUCGAAUCACGAGAAGCUAGACAAAGAACGGUUGAAAAUAUUUGGGAUAUUACGGUGUCACUUAAUAUUCUUUAUCGAGAAAAUUGGACGAGGCUAGCAUCAUCGGAGAUUAAUCGCUUCCAAGAACAAAUUAUCAAUAGACUAUCAGAAGAGAUGGCGAUACAAUUGGAUAACAUGUCACCGGCAAUUAAUGCGGCCGUAUUGCCACCACCAACCAUGCAUGAUUAUGAGUGGACAUUCUCGAAAAGUUUCUUCUAUUCGUUAACGGUACUCAGCACAAUCGGCUAUGGCAGUAUAGCACCUCGUACCAUGUUAGGUAGAAUUGUGACCCUGGCUUAUGCUCUGUUAGGGAUCCCAUUAACCCUGAUUUAUUUAUCGAGUACUGGCGGAAUGUUAGCGAAGGUUGCGCGCGGUGUUUUCUCCAGAGCGCUAUGUUGUUGUUUAUGUUCCAAUUGUGGCUACUGUUGUUACGACGAGAAACGUAUGGAGGAAAAGGAACGUCGGAUGAAGCGCAAACGACAACAGCUGGAGUUGCGGGCACAGCAUAUAACAUUACAAGAGCCAUACUACGUGCGAUCCGGUGCUUUACACAACACAUUCCACUCACCAGAAAAACAAAUACCCACGGUUGGCGACAACGAUUCGUUAUAUGGGACCGACAGCGAAUCGAGGACAUCGAUGCAUGGUCUGAGUAUGUUGGCACCAAUUUUACUCUGCCUAACUAUGAUGGCCAUGUACAUUGCUUUCGGAGCGUUCGUACUAUACAAACUCGAGGAUUGGCCUAUCAUUGAUGGAAUUUAUUUUUGUUUCAUGAGUUUAUCGACCAUCGGGUUUGGUGACAUGGUCCCAGGUCUGCGGAAAGAAUCGGCCAUCACAAUAUGGUUUUGCUCAAUUUACAUCAUGUCUGGCAUGGCGCUGACUGCUAUGUGUUUCAAUGUACUGCACGAAGAAAUUGUUCAUAGAUUAGAGCUUGUUGUAGAAGCACACGAAAAACUAAACAACAGUGAUAACCACAAUAGCUUAUUAAUAUCCUGACAGCAUGAGAAAAAUACAAAUUUAUAUCACAAGAAUCCCACCGAAGAAACAUUGACUACAGGUACGCCAGUAUCAUUGAUAUUCGCCCAGGAACCUAUCGUGAAUCAACUACAUGUGUUAAAAGAUUGCAAUAACCAUUCUUUAGGUCACGAGCUAGUACCAAUUCUUUCCACAAACAACCAAAUAACAUCAGAGGA